AUGCGAUUGUUCACUUCUAAAAUCAAAGGAUUUAAGAAACUUGGGAGAUUAUUGACCACAUCCGGAUCAAAAAAGGGCAGGAAUAUCAUCAGUUUUCAACAUAGAAGUUAUUGUAUGUUGUUGCGACAGUUUCACAUGCAGUUGACAGAGAUUGUCCAUAAUUCUUUAAUCUAUUUUCUGGAACAAACAAGCUACCAUUUAAAGUGGCGGAUAGUUCAACAAAAGAACUUUUGUGCUUUGAAUACGACUUCAUGGAUAAAGCUUGAUACAGCCUUGACCUUUUCCAAAGAACUGGCUUUGUUUGGGAGUAUUCUUGCAGAAAGUUGCAAAUGGAACAGAGAGAGAUGGGGGCUUCUUUCAAAGUUAUUCUCCUCCUCUAGGCAAGAACUACAUUUGUUUUUACUUUUAGAGGAUGACGCUGCUGAAGUAUUAGUAUGGCGGCUUCUCUUUGCACUCCUUUUUACUGUUAUUACAGCAGGAGAGUCUUUCCUCUUGGUAGCUUUAUGUACAUUAGCUUGUGAGACCUUGGUUUUAAGUGGUUGA